AUUUGGUACUUGGUGCUUAUAACGCUAAAUGUAACAUAUAUAAAGAAGAUCCAACAAAACACUGCGUUCUGUUUUCACGUUUUGGUUAUUCUGAAAAAUGGGCGUGAUUACUCCUAUUGAGACUCUGUUAUUAAAGUCUCAACAUCGUCUUCUUCAACCUCUAGAUCAUUCCUACCCCGUGGUUUUUCACAACCAUCGAAGAGUAACAAAUUUCCCGCGCAACAGCUUUUCACCUUUUUGUCUAGGAUCAUCAUCUGUAGAUUUUCCAUUACGCAGUGGUCCGAUUACGCAAAAUGAUAGGUCGAGUUAUCCUUGGCGGAGAAAUGUCUCAGAAUCUGACACAAAUGAGAUCUAUAAUAAGCAAGUUUCUAUAAUGGAAACAUUAAAGCAAGCCAACUCUUUUAUUCCUCAUGUGAUUCUCUCAAGUACAGUUUUAGCUCUUCUCCAUCCACCUUCUUUCACAUGGUUCAAGCCAAGGUACUUUGUGCCUGGCCUAGGGUUCAUGAUGUUUGCUGUUGGAAUCAACUCUAAUGAACGAGACUUCCUUGAAGCUCUUAAAAGACCAGACGCUAUUUUCGCUGGUUACAUCGGACAGUACUUGAUAAAACCUCUUUUAGGUUACAUGUUCGGUGUAAUCGCUGUCUCUCUUUUCAAUCUACCGACUCCUAUAGGGGCUGGAAUCAUGUUGGUCUCAUGUGUUAGUGGAGCUCAGCUAUCGAACUACACAACUUUCUUGACAGAUCCUUCGCUCGCGCCGCUUAGUAUUGUCAUGACAUCGAUCUCAACCGCUACGGCCGCCCUGGUGACACCCAUGCUUUCUCUCUUACUCAUUGGUAAAAAGCUUCCCGUUGACGUUAUUGGGAUGAUCUCUAGCAUUCUCCAAGUUGUUGUUACACCUAUUGCCGCAGGACUACUUCUAAACCGGUUAUUGCCAAGGUUGUCUAAUGCAAUCAAACCAUUUCUCCCGGGGUUAACGCUAAUCGAUAUGGCUUGUUGCAUCGGAGCACCCCUCGCUUUGAACAUAGAUUCAAUCUUGUCUCCGUUCGGCGCAACCAUUUUAUUCCUCGUCAUCAUGUUUCAUCUCUUGGCUUUCGUCGCUGGUUACAUUUUCACUGGUUUCUUCUUCAGCAAGGCACCUGAUGUAAAAUCCCUACAAAGAACAUUAUCCUAUGAAACAGGAAUGCAAAGUAGUCUUCUCGCUCUGGCCCUCGCCACGAAGUUCUUUCAAGAUCCUCUCGUUGGAGUGCCUCCGGCAAUCUCCACGGUGGUUAUGUCUUUGAUGGGUGUCUCGCUUGUUACGAUAUGGAAAAACAGAAAGGAGUAGUGACAUGAGCCCAUUUAAGGGGUUUUCCUUUUAAAUGUAAGCCAAAACAGAGUCGAUAAACCAGAGAAUAAUACGAAUGUAUGAAUGUUUAAGAAUGCAAUUGUGUUCAUGCGAAAACGGAUACUGAACUUGAGAGUACAUUAUAGUUAAUUAAGCUUUUUAAGCAUUUUAGAUCCAAAUCUCUUUAUUACAA